AAAAACGUUCCUCUCAAGCUUUGUCUUUAACGCCUGGUUCAAAACUAACACCGCCAUCAUUAAAAAAAUAAAAAAAAAAUCCUUGCACCGCCAUGGAAGCAAUCGUUCUCUCACCUCGCGAGCUUCACCAUCUUCAUCCCAUCAACCCAGGGUUUUCCUCCAUUAAAUCCACUUCCAGUGUUCGGCUCUGUAAUCGUCCCAAGCACUCUUUUGUUUGGCCCCAAUCUGGCCGUCCCAAGCUCCGUUCUCAGACGAAUCUCCGAUCGUCGGCGCCCGAUUCCGUUUCGGAAGUUCGUAGAGACGAAGAGAAAUCGCCCUCCGUCAGUCCUGUUUACACUCCGACCCCUCCGAAUCGCGACCUUCGAACUCCUCACAGCGGGUAUCAUUUCGAUGGAACCACGCGGAAAUUCUUCGAGGGAUGGUACUUCAAGGUGUCGAUUCCUGAGACGAAGCAGAGCUUUUGCUUCAUGUACUCCGUCGAGAACCCUGCAUUUCGCCGGAAACUAUCGCCCUGGGAAGUGGCGCAGCAUGGGCCUAGAUUCACCGGAGUCGGUGCACAGAUUCUCGGUGCCUAUGACAAGUAUAUCUGUCAAUUUUCUGAAGAAUCUCAGAAUUUUUGGGGAAGUAGGCAUGAACUGAGUUUGGGGAAUACUUUUACAGCAGAAAAAGGACAGACGCCUCCAAACAAAGAGUUUCCUCCUCAGGAAUUCAAUAGGAGAGUGGUGGAAGGUUUUCAAGUCACCCCACUUUGGAACCAAGGUUUCAUUUGUGACGAUGGCAGGUCAGAUUAUGUGGAUGUUGUGAAGACUGCUCGUUGGGAGUACAGCACGCGCCCAGUUUUUGGCUGGGGUGAUGUUGGCUCCAAACAAAAGUCUACUGCAGGGUGGCUCGCAGCAUUUCCUGUAUUUGAACCCCAUUGGCAAAUAUGCAUGGCAGGCGGAUUAUCAACAGGUUGGAUAGAGUGGGAUGGUGAAAGGUUUGAGUUUGAAAAUGCCCCUUCCUAUUGUGAAAAGAAUUGGGGCGGAGCUUUUCCUAGAAAAUGGUUUUGGGUUCAAAGUAAUGUUUUUGAAGGCGCCACUGGAGAAGUUGCACUGACUGCAGCUGGGGGAUAUAGGCAAAUACCUGGGCUGACAGAGACUUUCGAAAAUGCUGCAUUGGUUGGAGUCCAUUAUGGUGGAAAAUUUUAUGAAUUUGUGCCAUGGAAUGGUGUUGUGAGUUGGGAAAUUGCUUCUUGGGGUUACUGGCAUUUGGCUGGAGAGAACAAUACACACAUGGUCGAAUUGGAGGCAACUACCCAGCAUUCAGGUACAACAUUACGCGCUCCAACAUCAGAAGCUGGACUUGCUCCGGUUUGUAAAGAUACUUGUUUUGCUGUAUUAAAAUUGCAAAUCUGGGAGCGAAAAUUUGACGGGAGUAAGGGGAAGAUUAUUUUGGACGUUACAAGCGACAUGGCAGCGGCGGAGGUUGGAGGUGGACCAUGGUUCAACACUUGGAAGGGAAAGACUGCCACACCAGAGUCUGUUCGCCAGGCUCUUAAUGUUCCAGUUGAUGUGGAAGGAUUUUUCAAUUUGGCUCCAUUUUUCAAACCCCCAGGUCUAUAGUUGUAGUUUUCACAGAUUAUGUUGCUGAACUUUUUUUUUCUCUUUUUUAUAGUUUCAAAACUUUUACCUAAAAACAAAUUUUUUUUUACUGGGUUAGAGCUUUCAUUUAAGACUUAUUUU